GCUGGGAUUAAAGGUGUGCGCCGCCUGGCUUUAAUGUAAAGACAUUUUAUGUACAACUGCAGGAGAAAUAAUACACAGAUAGCUUGAACAUAAAAACAGGUUAUAAUUCAAGUCCAGGGUUAUUUUAAACAAGUCAGUUCUUUUCAUCUACCAUACUGGCCACAGGGAUUGAACAUAGGUUGCCAACGCUUGGCAACAGGUGCCUUCAGCCACUGAGCCAUUUUGCUGGCUCCCACAUGGCAUCUUACCUGUUUAGUUGACUGUUUUCCUUACUAAUGCAAGUCUCUAGAGCACAGGACUCAUAUUUACCUCUAGACUCUCAGGACUACACAUAAUAAUCUAGGACUUAGGUUUGUUUAAUCACUUACUAAUUUGCAUGUGGGUGCACGCAUGGACAAAUGGCAUGCACGUGGAGGUGAGCACAACUUGUGCAAAUUGCUUUUCUCCUUUUACUAUGUGGGCUCCAGAGAUGGGACUCAUAUCAUCGGGAUUGGUGUCAAACACCUGUGCCCACAGAGCCAUCUUGCUGGUCCCUUAGGAUAUGUAAUCCAUUAUUCACAACUAAAUAAAUGAGAUGGUAACUAAUGAUAUGUUUGCAGAUGACAACUGAUAAAACAUAUCGCUAUCCCCUAGAUAAGAUGAGAUGUGUUGUCAAUAAAAUCCCCAAACUAGAACGUAACCCUGACUUAGUUUCUCUUUGUGUCUUUCUAGACUUCCAAGCAACAAAACAGAUCUCUAACACAGAUCCGGAAACUCAGAGUUUCACGGUUGGAAGAAACAGAGAUGAACGGCAGUGUAGCUGAUCUGACACGUAUUUCAGGACUUCCUACCGAAGGGACCCAGGAAUAUGUACUCUGGUCAAUAGACAGGAGUCUUCGACGGAUCUUCCAACAUCUGGAUAAUGCAAGAUCAACACUUAUGGAGCUGAAUGUUUCAGAAUCCCGAGAUGUGACUUCUUCCUCCGACUCUGACACUGUGGUUCAGGAGAUUGUCCCACCCAGCUGUUACUGUAAAAAGGGAAAGCCUUCUACUGACUACAGCAUGAACAUUGGGGUGACACCCAAGAUACCACGUUCAGCCACUGACAGAAUAAAGGUCACUCCAUUGGAAUUGCUUCAGGUUAUGGACUUAAUGGGAUUAAUCCCAGAAUCACAGUCGGAGCUGACAGACUCUGUGGGGUUUUCCCCAGAGCCGCCAAAUCAAGCAGAAACAGUGAGGAUAACUCCUCAGCCAUCAAAUCAAGUAACUGAAAGAAUAAAAGGAACCCAUCAUCAGCAUCAAACCACGGAAUUAAAGAGCAUGGCCUCAAGACUGAGUCAAGUCACAGAUAACCUGGAGGUAACUCCUGUGGCAUUGUUUUACGUCACGGAUUCCAUGCAGAUGAUUGACAAAUUAAGUCCACAUGGCAUAGAACCAGUAGGAGUAGCCCCACAGCCACAAUACCAAGUCAUGGAAUCAGUGAAGAUGGAUACCAUGACCAUGACCUUGGGGUCACAGAAUCAAGCCUCAAAACACAUCAGGAUUACUCCCAGUCCAGUACAUCAAAAUGCAAUGGAAAUUAGCUCAAGUGCACUGCCUGAAGCCACUGAAGAUACAAAAGUGUCUCCAGUGGCAAAACAAGCCAUGGAUUUCAUGCAGAUAUUUCCACUAGGACAGCCACACAUUACUAAAUCUAGGGCUUUGAUCCGAGGCUCACAGCCUCCAGCUGAAAAUUUGACCCCAGUGUCAGCUCAACCAGAUGUUCCGACUACUACUGUCCCAGCAGGAACUGUAGAAUCUAGAAGCGUACCUCCACAGCCACCAUCUAAAGUACUGGAACCAUCAGGAAUGACUGAUGACCUACUACCGUCAUGUCAGUCCCUGCAUGCUCUAAAGGUGACCGCGCCAGUCCAGGCAUCUCCGACGGGAAUGAUCACACCACUACAAAUUGUAGAGCCUCCAACCAAAGAGUCUCUGCAAUUGACUUCUGGGUUACAGGGUCAAGUUGAAGACUCCGUGGGGACUAUGCCACAACCUCAAGGCACAGAGUGUGUGUCACUGACUCCAAAGUCACAUCAUCAAAUAAUGGAAUCCAGGAAAACAAUCCCAGCACCACCAGAUCAAGGUGCAGUACCUAUAGGAAGGGGCCAAAAGCAUCAAGUUCCAGAAGCUGAAGUAGUGCCAGUCAUACCACUGCUUCAGGAAAUGGAAUAUUUGGGGUGGGGGAGCACAAUCCCACAGCCUAAGGUUAGGGAUUCAAUGGACUUUCCCCCAGAACUACAGAAUGUAAAAUCUGAGCACCUAAUGCCAGAUCCAAGAUUGCAAAGUGUGAAAUCUGUGGACAUAACCACAGAUUUAGUCCCAGAAAUGGAAAAAUAUGGACCACCAACCUCAACAGUGGUAUGUAUAGAUUUGGCCCCAGAACUGCAUCAGCAGAAUACACAAUAUGAGGAAUUAACCCCCAUACCACAACUGCAAAGUGAGACAUCUGUGCCAUCGGCCCCUGAGUCUCAGUUUCAAGAUAUGAAAUCUGGCCAACUGACAGUUGAACCACAACACCAAAACAAAAAGUCUGCUGGGUUGGCGGCAGGUCCACAGUUGCACAGCAAUAUAUCAGUACAUUGGAUCCCCGAUUCUCAAUCUCAAGGAAUGGAAGAAGCUCUUUCAGCCCUAUCACAGGAGUUACAAGGAGAUAUAAAAAUGGUGGAGUUGACUCCAAGCACCGGCUCUGAUAAGAUAGCCCCUGUACCAUUGCUUGAGGAUACAAAGACUCCAUUGGUAGAAGGUAGGAAUCUAAUUCCUGAGGCACUGGUGGAGAGUAUGGAAGUUGGUGAACUGAUCCCAAGCACACACUUUGAUGCAACAAAAUCUUUAGAAGCGACCCCCAAACCAAGUUAUCAUUUCCUAGAACCUGAAGGACUGACCCUACAGCAUCCAGCCUCAGAAGCAAGAGUGACCUCUGAACCUUGCCAGCAGGUGGAAGAAUCUACUCCGUUGCCACAAUCAUCAUUAGGGAUGACUCCAGCACCAUUGAGCCAGACCUCAGAAUCUGUGGAGAUGAGCUCACCACCACUCCAAGAUACUCUUGAACCUGGGACCCAAGUUGUAAAAGAGAUGGAAGAGACUCCAGAAUCAGGAAGUGCAAUUAAAGAUACUCUGGAUUUGCUACUAGAUUCAGAAGUGCAAACUAUGACCUCAGGAGUGAUGGCCCCAGAGCCACAGCCCCCUGAUGUGAAGUUUGUUCAGGUGCCUCCAGAAGCGUGUGCAGAAGUUACCAACCCAUCGGAAAUAACUCUGAAACCAGAAUAUGAAGACACAGAGACCUUCAGAUUGACAUUCUCUAAAGUCGAUGAUACCCAGGGAACCAUCAUCGUGAGACCUCUGGAGUUUAGUCUAGAAUCAGGAGUGCAAGGUGAGAAAUCAGAGUCCUUUGCCCAAAAUUUGAAGUCUGCAGAAGUAAUUACCGAACCACCCUUACAAGAUGUGGAACCUACAGGACUAACUGCCGGACCCAAAGCACAUAUUAAAGAUGUGACCCCAGAGCCACAGCUCCACAAAGUAAAGUCUAGGCAAAUGGAUAGAGAAUCACAGUUGCAAAAUGAGAACUCUGUAAAUGUAAUACAACCGUCAUCUGCAGCAGAGGUAGAUCCUGAAAAGACAAAACCAAAGUCACGUCUACAAAGUUUAUCACUGAAGGAACGGAUUGAGGGAACACAGCCCCCAAAUGUGAAAUCUGUGGAUUUAAAUCUAGGCCCACAGCAGCUAAGUGUCAAAUCGGAAUUGAUUCCAGGGCCAAAAUUGCAAAGUGUCCAGUUUCCAAUGUUAUAUCAAGGGCUACUUCUUCAAGGGGAAAACCCAGUAAAUUUCAUCUCAGGCCCCCCACAUUAUGGUGUGAAAUCUCAUGACGAAAUACCAUGUUCCCUGGGGCCAGAAACCACACCAUCAGAUUUUAUCCUAGGGCCAAAGCUUCCAGAACCACAGCCACAACCACAACCACAACCCGGGAAGCCGGUAGACGUAAACGUAAGACCAUGCUUGCAACAUGUGAGAUUCUCUGAUGCGAUCCCAGAGCCCAAGCACCAAGGUUUCAAAUGUGUAACAUUCAUGCCAGGUGUUGAGCUUCAAGAUAGGAAGCCUCAGGGAUUGAUGCCAGAAUCGUUUUUGCCAUUAAGCCAAGAGACACAGGUUGAAGAUAAGAAGCUUGUAUUGCCUCUGGAAGCAUCAGAGUUUUGUAGCAUGAAACCCCCAAUCCCAGCCUCUGAACUACAACAUCCAAGAGUGAUAGCUAAGCAGGUCAAUCCAGGACUGUGGCACCAAGAUACCAAAUUUUCUGAGUUGGCUUCUAGGCGGAAAUAUCAAAGAGUCAAAUUUGGGGAGCAAACUCCAGGACCAUGGUCUCAUGGUAUGAGUCCUAUGACUCCAGAGUUAGGGAUACACGAUCCCAAAUCAGCAAAAGCGACUCCAGGGCUACAAGACACAAGGCAGGUGAGUUUUAACUCGGGGCCAUGGCUGCAGGAUGUCAAAUGUUUCGGUGUAAUUCCAGGAACUCAACCUCAAGGUGUGAAGACUUCAGAGUUAAACUCAGGGCCACAGUUAGAGUGUGUAAAAACAUUUGAGUUGACCACACAGCCAGAGAGGCAAGGGAUGAAGCCAGAGUUAAUAGUACAAGAGCCACCCUUUAUAGAUAUAAGAUAUGUCCCAGGGAAUCAAGUACCAAACUUUGAAGGCAAAAUGUCUUAUAAACUAGCAUCUGAACCACAGAUACCAAAUGCAGAAUCAAAGAAAUUGACUCCUGGGAAACACUUGGCAGGUGCAGAUCUUUCUGAGAUGAUCAGAAGAACACAGGCACAAGGUGUAGAAUCUUCUACAUUGAUCCACAGACAGCAUUUGGAACAUAUAAAACCUGUAGAGAAGAUCACAGCCUCAAAGCAAGAAGAGUUAACGCCAGGGAAUCAUUUGGAAGACAGGAAAUCUAUGGAGUUAAGGUCAAAGUCAGAGCUGGGGAAAAUCAUAUCUAUGCUGUCAACCCUGGGGAUACAAGCAGGAGAUAAGGAAUGUGAGGAGCUGCCUCCGGGCUCCACCUUGAAAGGUUUAAAAUCCAAGUUACCCCCUUCAGAACCACAGUUAGAAGACAGAAAAUCUGCAGUCUUAACUCUAGGACAAUGUCUAGAGAGGAUAAAAUCUACAGUGAUAUCCCCAAGUAGUUCCCAGUCAGAUGGUAUGAAAUCUGUGAAGUUCAUCCCAGGUUCAAGAAUUCAAGAUUUGAAAACUGUGGGGUUGGUUGAACCAAAGAAGCAAGGGGAGAGUCCCAUGACUUUUGCACCAGGGAUGCUGUUUCAAGAUAAACCUAUGGAGGUGUUGCAAGGGCCUCAUCUACAAGAUGUAAAACCCAAGGAACUGACUUCACGGCCACAAACACAAGAUAGUAAACGUGUGAUCAUCUCAUGUCUGAAGCAGCAAAGUCUAAAACCUGUGAAUAAAGCCAAAGCACAAGGGAUCCAGGGAGUAAAAUUCAUGGAUUUAGUCUCCACACAACAGUAUCAAGGGAGGGCACCAAUGGAUUUAACUCUUGAGGCCGGACAGGAUGACCACAUAAGCACAGCAGAGUGGAAAGGUGAGCUGUUCAACCGGCUGAACAAACAGUUGGAGUCGGAAGGUAUGUUGUCUAUGGGGUCAGAUCAAGAACCCAAACCUGCAGGUAGAAAACCCAUAGAGCUCACCUCUAAACUACAAUGUAAAGAUGCACCCUCAUUUGAAUUGGCCCCUGAACCAGUUCAUAAUGUAAAAGCUCAAGAGGACCAAUAUGGGCCACAGGUGCCGAGUAUGAGACCUUGUCCAUUGACUCCAGAAUCACAGGUGUACCAAGUGAAAGACUUGGAGCCAAUGUUAGAGCCACCGCUCCAAGAUGGGAGAACUGUGGCACUAAAUACUGAACCACAAAUUGGAGGUACAAAAUCUGUUCAGUGGAUACCAGUAUCUGAGUUUCAAAGGGAGAAAUGUAUAGCGUCAAACUUUAGGUUACAGUCUCAGAGUGCCAGCCCUACAGAAUUGAAGCCGUCUACACAACGGAGAGGUGUGAGGUCAUCUGAAUUGACUGUCAGGUCAAAAAUUCAAAGAGAAAAAUCCGGAGAGUUUCAUCUUGAGUCACAGUUACAGCAAGUAAAAACCUCUGCGUUAGCACUAGGGCUGCAGAAAACUAAACCUUUGAACUUAACUUCCGAGCCACAGCCUCAAGGGAUCAAAACUGAUCAGCUAAACAAAGAGACACAGGUAGAAAGUGUAAGAUCCAUCCAGUGGAUACCAAGACCUGAAUUCCACGGUGUGACAUUUUUACAAUUAAAUAGUGGGUCACCAUCUCCAGGUGUCAAAUCUACAGAACGGAAACCAUCCAUACAACUGGAAAGUGUGAAGACAUCAGACAUGGCUCUAGGGCCAAAACCUCAAGGAAAAAAAUCUGUGGAUUUUAACCUUGGGCCACAAGUACAGUGUGUGAAGACCCCUGAGUUGUCCCCAGGACCAGAGCUACAAGAAGGGGAAAACAUCACAUCAACCUCAGAGCUACAGUCUCAGUGUGUGAAAAGUGUGGCAUUACUUCAGGGACCACAGCUUGAAAAUACAAAAUCUAUUCUUUGGAUACCACUGUCUGACUAUCAAGUUAAUAGAUCUACACUGAAUCUUAGGUUACCACCUCAGGAUGUCACAGCUAAAGAGUUAAAACCCUCAGUACAACUAGAUGUGAAGACAUCUGAUGAGUUGACUACGAGGCCAAAGUCACAAGGUAAACAACCUUCAGGGUCAACCCAGGAACAUCAGUCUCAGAGGUCCAAAAGUAUUGAUUUUAACUCUGAGCAACAGUUUAGAAAUACGAAAGCAUGUGACCCAACCUUAAAGUCAAAGAUCAAUAAUAUAAAAUUGACAUUCAAAUCCAGGUUUUGCUUAGAAGACAGGAGCUCUCUUGGAUUGAACCCUGGAAUACAACCUCAGGAAGUGAAUCCUUUAGGGUCAUCCCCAGGAACACAGCCUCCUCGAGCUGUGACACCUUCAGUGUUUAAACAAGAGUCACAGUCCUCAGAAGUGAAAUAUGGAGCAAUAAGCCAAAGGCCACAAUCACAAAACAAUGUAGAGUUGAAAUGUGGAAAAUCUUCUGAGUUGGCACUUCAGGGAAAGCCUCGAGGUAUGAAAUCUGAGAAGAGCUCUGGGUCCCAGUGGCAACAUGCAAAAUGUUCUGACUUGACACCUGAAACAGAGUCCCCAAAUAUGAAAUGUACUAAGUUAAGUUGCAGCUCACAGAUGAAAGGUAAACCAUGUAUUGAGUUAGCUACGGGUACCAAAACUCAAUGUGUCAAACUAGGCUGUAAACCUGGGCCACAGUGGCAAGGUAUAAAAUCUAACUCAUUUCUGAGGACAAAGCCUCAAGAAAUGGAAAUGGAAGACUGGGAAUCAGGCCCACAGUUACAAGAUCUGAAAUCUUCAAGGACAAUCACGGGUAUAAAGGUCCAUGAUGUCAUGUCUGUGGACUUUGGUCCUGGACCACACUUACAAGGUAUGACCUCUGAAGUCAUUACAGGGAAGAGGGUUCAUGGUAUGAAAUCUGUAGAAAUCAAACCUAGUUCAAAGUUACAAGGUAAGAAACAUGAUUUCACCCCGAGGAAGAUGUCCUUAGGUACAAAAUCUGUAGAGCUGGACUCAGGCCCCCCUUUACAAGAUUUGAAAUAUCCUGAGCUGAUCAUGGGCAUGAAACUUCAAGGUGUGAACUCUAUGGGACAACAUGUCACAAGUAUAAAAUCUUCUGAGGUGGUAACACAGGUAAAAUCCCAAGGUGUGACAGCGGUAGACCUCAAUUCUGGACCACAGACACAAAAUAAAAAGCCAUCUGAGUUGGUUCAAGGGAAAAGGCUCCUAGCUAAGGAGUCUGUAGAGUUUAAUCAAGGCCCAAAGUUACAAGGUGUGACGGUGGAGUCCAAGCCCCCAAAUGGGGAAUCUGGGAAGUUAAACUCAGGCCCUCAGUUACAAGAUGAGAAAUAUUCUCAGUCAAUUCUGGGGACAAAGCUUCAAUAUGGAAGAUCUAUGGAGGUCAGUCCUGGCCUAUGCUCACAGGGUAUGAAGUCUUCUGAAGUGAUUUCAGAGGACAAACUUCAAAAAGAGAAACCCGUAGGCUUUGUGUAUCAGCCACUGUGGCAAGAUGUAAAAUCUUUAAAAUGGACAUUUGGUAAGGCACUUGACAGGGAACCUUUGCAGUUGGAAACCGCUCAUUUACAGGACAGGAAAUUAACUAUGUUAACAUCAGAAUUACACCUUCAAGGUAUGAAACCUGAGUCAGUCAACUGUGUAUCAAAGUUGAAAGGUGUGAAGUCUGAGCCCACAUAUAUCCACACAAUGAAGGAUACAGGGAUCAAUCAUGGUUCAGAAUCACAGUUUGUGGGAUUCUCUAAGCAGGCCUCGGACUCAAAGGUUUAUAGAGUAGUGCCUUCUGAACUCAAUGCCAGAAACCAGAAGCGAGAUCAGAAGUCUCACAAAUUAAGUCAAAAGCAACAACUUCAAAAAAUAAAACAGAUAGCGUUCAGGGAUGAGCCACAUUUACAACAUAUCAAGUCGUCAGAAUUAUGUACAAAGCUUCAAGACCUGAAAUCUAUGGAAUUCAAUUCAGAACAACCAUUGCAAGAUGUGAUGUCCUCUGAGUUGGGCCUGGGAACAAGUCCUCAGUCUUUAGACGGCGACCCUGGGCCACAUUUGCAAGAGAUAAUACCUUUUGAGGGGCUCACAGAAACUAAGCUGCCAGAUGAGCUGUCUCUAAAAUUCAAGCAUAAGCCUAGACUGCAAGGUAGGGCAUCCUGUGACCCGAGUGCAGGGCCACAGAUUCACUGUAAAAAUUUUAUGGCAUCCAACACCAGAACACAAAAUGUAGAAUUGUCUGAGUCGCACCCUGUUCCAGACCUUCAAGGUAUAAAAUCUAAGGUGUUCUGCCUGGGGCAGCACUUGGAAGAUGUGAAUUCUGCAUGCACUCCCAAUGCAAAUUCUCAAUAUGUAAACUCCAGUGGGUGUAAACGUGGGCCAUAUUUGCAAGAUAUAAAUUCCUCUGCAUGCAUUCCAGAGCCAGACCCUCAAUGUACAAAGUCUGGGUGCAAUGCUGGGUCACAUUUGCAUGGGAUGAGUUCUUCAGCAUGCAUUUUAGGACCAAAAUUGCAACGUGUAGAUUCUACUGGGUGCAUUCAUGAGCCAAACUGGCAAGAUGUAAAUUCUUCUGUAAACACCCCAGGGCCAAGUCCUCAGUGUAUGAGUCCUUCUGUAUACACCCCAGGGCCAAGUCCUCAGUGUGUGAAUUCUUCUGUAUGUACCCCAGGCCCAAGUCCUCAGUGUGUGAAUUCUUCUGUAUGCACCCCAAGACCAAGUCCUCAGUGUGUGAAUUCUUCUGUAUGCACCCCAAGACCAAGUCCUCAGUGUGUGAAUUCUGCAUGCACCCCAGGGACAAGUCCUCAGUGUGUGAAUUCUUCUGUAUGCACCCCAGGCCCAAGGCCUCGGUGUGUGAAUUCUUCUGCAUACACCCCAGGGCCAAGUUCUGAGUCGAACUCAGGGACAGGAAUUCAAAGAGAGAUGCCUAUAAUAGUUAAGAAAGGACAACACGUGCAAGAUUUGAAGCUUGAAUCAACUCCAGGGUCAUCUCACUUAAUGGUAGGGGCAGAGUUUCAAGAGAUCCCAUUUUUGAAGAACCAACUUGGGUCGUGGCAGGAAACUGCACAACCCACAUUUACUUUGAGGCCUCUGUCAAAUGGUGUGAAAUCUGUGGGAGUUUCACCAACCCCACUGCCUGAAGAUAGAAUGUCUCCAGAGAUGAGCAACCAGCCAUUGCUUUGUUUGACAAAUUCUGUAAAAGUGACACCUGGCUGCGGUCUGCAGGACGUGAGAAGUAAGGAAUCUUCACCAGAACUUUGUUUUCAAAAAGUUAAAUCUGUGAAGUUGAAGCCAGGGUCACUGACCCCAAGUGUGAACCCUUUAGAGUUCGCUCCACGCCACUGUUCUCAACGUACUAAGACUUCCUUUGCACCGAAGCCGUGUGUUCAUGACAGAAAGCCUAUGCAGCUGAGACUAGGCUCCCAACAGCAAAGCAUGGAUUGCCAACAGUUUCCUUUAAAUGAGAAACCAGUGGCAUCGACCCCAGAGUCCACCGGGAACUUCUUAGCAGGACCAGCACUGUCUAGUGUCAAAUUUUCAAAUUUGAUUCCGGAAUCACAGCAACAGUGCAUGAAAUCGACGGAAUUUACUUCAGAGCCGAAGUGGCAAAGUGUAAACCAUGUGAAAUUGUCAUCGGUGUCUCUGCCACAAACUGGAACCGCUAGGGGGUUAUCACCAAGACCAUUCCUUCAAAAUGUGACACCUGGGAACCAAAAUCCCCAAACACGUGAUCAAAUCAAAGAAUCCUCUCAAGUGAUAUAUAGACCAGGGCACCAGUUGGAGGACUAUGCUGAGAAGAUGAGGCACCAAGUCCCUAAAUUCAUGGAUUUCAUUUCAUUACCAGUUUAUCAAGAUGCGGGGUCUUCAGAAAUGACAAAAGGGUUGGGACAUAAAAGCCCAGAAACAACAGAGAAACCUAUGAGGUUGAACCCCAAACCAACAGAUCAAGGCCUGGAAUCAUUAGGGAUGCCUCAGCAGCUAGAUCUUCAAGGACCAGAAUCUGUUGAUCUGACUCCAACACUAAGUGAUCCAGAUUCAAAGUCCUCAGAACUAACCCCACAGAGAAGCUGCUGGAGCCCAGAAACUCUGCAGUUGCUGCCUUGUUUGUGGCCUCAAUUUAAAGAUGUCAAGGAGUUACCAACGGAACAAGCCACAGAGUCUGAUAGAAUGACCCUCGACCUCAAGAAUCAUGUUGCAGAAGUAAGGAUGCUAACUUGUGAGUUAAGACCAGGGAAAGAAUUUCUUAGUGUGACUUCAAAGCCAGUAAAUAGAGAGACUGGACAUGUAGAAAAAUCUCCAAGGCCGUGUCCUCAAGACUUAGGACCUGUGGUGGUGAGCUCUGGGAAAAAAUCUCAAAGGGAACACUCUGUAGCAUGGCCACCAAGGCCAUCCUAUCACGUUCCAGAUUCUGCUUCAGGGAUAACACCAGGGCAAGAACCUCAGAUUCCUGAAUCUGUAAGUUUGACCUCUAAGCCAUGGCUGCAAAUAGAAGAAUCCUUAGAUUUGUCAACCCAGCAAACCUGUCAAGUUGUCGAAGAUACAGACUGUGAGGAGCUCACUUUUGAGUCAUGGCAACCAGGGGAGGUAGCAAGUAGGAUAACAAAGCCCCAGGGUGCAAGCAUGGGAACUUUAAACAUAACUCCAAUUGAAUCACUGGAUCAAAUGAUAAAUUUUAUAACCAUCAGUCCAAAGCAGCUAGGUCAAGGGACAGAAUCCGCAAAGACACGGCAUCAUGUUUCUCAGUCAGCCGCUCUCCCCAAAGUUUCCGAAUCUGUGGAAGUUAUCUCUGGUCCGCCGUUUCAAGUUCUAGAAUCUGUGAUGAUACCAGAGCCAACUUCUCAAGGGUCAAAACAUACUCAUUUGACUCCCAAACUGCACGAUGUGAUAAUGUCAGAAUUUGCUUCAAGCCUUUGGUUACAAAAUGUUCAAUCCAAAAAACUAAUCUCAGCACCAACACAUCAAAUUUUAGAAACAAUACAGUUGUCAGGCUUUCAAGUUAUAAAAACUAUAUUGGUUCCCAAACCACUGCUUCUGAUUGUAAAAUCUGAAGAGCUGGCUCCAGGACCAAAUCCUCAGGCUAUAGAACCAAUAGGAGUUGCCACAAAAUCUAGCAUUAAAGUAAUGGAUGGUUUGAAUUUUCUCCUAAGACCACAUCUUCAAGACAUGGUAAAACCUAUGGAACAAACUCCAAGGGCAAAUAUUCAAGAGAAUUUUGCAGAAUUAAUCUUAGAGCAAACAUCUCCACUUGAGGAACCUCCAGUAUUAACUCACGAGCAAAGGCUUCAGGCUGAAAAAUCUCUAGGGAUCAGAACAGAAUCUCCUAAAGUAAUGGAAAUUGAGGAUUUGAAUCAAAGACGGGUGUGUGAGGAUAGAGACUCAGAAAUGAUAACAUCAGAAAAGUUACAAGCACAGGAUUGCUUCUGUAGGUUCAUACCCAGCCCUUCAAUCCCAUUUAUUUCAAGUUCUGUCGAAACAACUGAGUUAGGACCCCUUCAGGGUUCUGGAAUGCCGGAGGUAUCAAGAGCCUUGGCUAUGAAGAACUUUGCUGUUGGUAUUUUGCCGUCUCCAGAGUCCUAUACAGACACUAUUAUGUUCCAUUCAUCAGCCCUUCCCUUGGUUCUUCCCUCUGAUAUUGGGAACACUGUGGGAACCCUAUAUCCUGACAUCUGGGAAAUGGAUGUCCUAUCCAAGGAAGCAACCGAAAAGAAACAAAUGGAGGAAUCUGGGAAUUCAUUCCAGAGCUAUUCUCCAUAUCCACUGAGAUUACUACCCUCGGAGUUUCAGGCAGGAUUAGGGGCUCGAAGAAAUUCUAUCCGUUCUUUCCUGGGUAGACAACAGAAUGUCUGGGAAAGUCAUGUCCGUAGGCAGCGACUCCCUAGAAAGUAUCUCUCCAAUAUGCUGAUGCUGGGAAAUGUUCUGGGAACCACUAUGGAAAGGAAGCUUUGUUCUCAGCCAUUUUUAAUGGAUGGAUAUCACUUUAUUCAAAGUUUAUUUGGGGUUCCAGCUGAACUGAUGGCAUUUUCCCAGAGCCUACUAGAGAGGGGUCCUAGGACGAUUUUACAGACUUCAGUGAUCAGAAACUAUAUUCAGAGACGUAUUUUAUGCCAUGGUCACGAGAAAAGAAUGCCCUUAAAGAUGUGGACACGUGGAUCCACAUCUUCCAUAUUACAGCAAUACUCCGGUACCAGAUUGGGAAUAAAGAAAACAAACUCAAAACUCAGUGAUAUAUUCCAGGAAGUCACUCAGCAUGUGUCUGUCUCGUGUACAAGGGCCCAGUUUCCUGCCUUAGUGAAGCCGGAGUCUUCUCUCAAGAUACUUUAUAAUAGGGAAGACCCAGUUUCCAGUGACCAGAAUGAAGACUCACAGAGUGAUUCACCGACAAGGACUUUUGACUCUCACCACUCCCUCAAGGCAAGGUGUCUUUCCCAGGCCGAGGGGGAUAUCUCAGAACAGCUCCAUCUGCUAAAAGAUCUACAGCUAAAAGUAGCAGCAAAACUCUUAGAGGGUCAAGUACCCCACAAUGUCCCUCCACCUUUCUUAUCGGGUCUUGUCCUGAAAUAUCCCAUCUGCAUGCAGUGUGGCCGAUGUUCAGGAGUUAAUUGCUGUCAUAAGUUACGGUCGGCUUUUGGUCCAUAUCUUCUUGUCUACCCACAGAUCCACCUUUUAAGCACCCAUGAAGGCCAUGGUGAGAUUCGGUUGCAUCUUGGUUUUAGACUGAGAACUGGGAAAAGACCUCAAGUCUCAAAGCAUCGUGGGAGAAAAAGAGCAGAUACAUGGAAGAGCACUACAUCACCAUCACGAAGGAAAGCUAAAAUCUAUCCUCCAGCUUCCAAGAGGCCAACUACUCCAAGAGAUUUCCAGGCCCGAUCUUCCCAGGCUUCUGUACAAGUGCACAUUAGAAAAAAGCAACGGGGCAGCCAUGGGGUGGUCCGCCAGACAGACGCCAAAGACUCUGAGCACCAUGAAUUCCAUCAGGUUCACUCUGUAUCCAAGAGUGGCUUUGAAAGUAAUCAGGAAGAAAAAUGGUCGAAAUCAAGCCUCAAAAAGACCUUUGACUUAAACUAUCCAAUGAAGGAAACCAUCAAGGGACUUAAAACACAAAACACAAAGCUCUACAAAAAUAGUGAAACCCCGGAAGAGAGUCCUUUUAGAAUAAUCUGUCCAUCAAGAACCAAGAAUAUUGAAACCGGUCAAACAAGCACUGUUUCUUCGAAGACACAACCUGAGAAAUCCUCUCAGCCCAAGUUCUACCAGCUGCUUUUCCAGGGCCUAAGGCAGGCAUUCCAAAUAGCACAUAGAAUUGUGGCUUAUACUGGACAGAAGCCUGAGGACAGGACAAGGCCAGACUAUUUGAGGUCAACCCAAUACUUGCACCCCAAACAAAGAGCCAACAAGUAUUGUUUAGCAGGAGAUAGCAAAGGAGCUAGCACACCAGUUGCCCAGCAAAGGUCAGCAGGUGUGAACCCUAAGUAAGAGGACAGAUUGCAGGGAACAGGUUGUUGGAAUUCCUGGCCACUCCCCAGCUAAGUGACCGCACAUGUGCAGAUCAGUAGCCAAGUAAGGGGCCUUACACCCUACGAAAUUCCUACGCCGUGUGAUCAUGAAUGUGCAGGGGAAUCCUUAAGAAGCCAGUACAGCCUCUUCCUCUUCUUCACCUUCUCUCCCAUCUCUCUCGCUGCACAUCUUCCACAGGCCUGGUCACAUUGUUUCCUGUCUCCCCCUUUUAAUAAAACUCUUAUACUGGGUUUUA